AUGCAUAGAUUUUAUUUUUUGUUCAUCGUGUUAUUCAGAUCCAUAGGCGCUUUUUAUCUUCAAUAUGAUUCUGAAGAUUAUGUUACUGAGGAAGAACCAUGUAAUACUGGAUGUAAAAAUGGUGGUCAAUGUUUUCUUUCAUCAUUUUGUAUAUGUCCAAAAGGAUUUUCUGGAAGAUAUUGUGAAGUAUCUCUUAAUGAACAGUGUGGUACAUUUCCAUCAAUGACAACAAUGGAAGUUGAUUGUGUUCUAUGUAUUUGUUAUAAUGGUUUAUUUAUGUGUGAUAUUCAACCAAUUGGUCUUUGUCAUCGUAAAUUAGAUUUAUUUUUAACACGUUCAAUGCGUAUUACUCAUAUACUUAAUAUUAUUCAAAAUCGUUUUAAAAAUAUAAAAUCAUUUGAACCAAUAACGAAAUUUAAUGUGACAUUAGAUGAUAAUACACAGCAUGUUAAUUUAAGUGGCUAUCGAAUUGUAUUGAAUCAUUCGUCUUGUUCUAGAUUAUCAUCAUUUUUUCUCAUAUUAUUUUGUUUAUUAUAUCUAUUUAUUGGUUGA